GGGAAGGGGAGGACCGGAAUAAGGCACCGCGAGAUGGGAGAUGGAGUGGGGCAAUGAAUAAAUGAUUGCAGACGCAGACGAAGCUCGUUCUGCAGGUAACAAGAAGGGGAAGGGGAAGGGGAAGGGGAAAGGGAAAGAAAAGAAGGAAGAGGGAGGGAGGACGGACGCGGAGAGAAGUUGAGCGGCAUCGACAAACAGGCAUAUGACAAGAGGGGCAUCGGUGCGGGAUCGAUCGAAAGAGGCGACGACGAGGACCACGAGCGAGCGAGAAGGUGGAGUGGUUGCGGUGGGGGCAACGGUGGAUGGGGAGUGAAUGAUUAAGUCGCAGGGGGAGGGGGCAGCGGACGAAACGGGAGAGGAGGAGGAGGAGGAGGAGGAGCGCCGAGGGGCUGCCGGGACGGGCAGAUCAGAAGCAGAAGGAGAAGAAAAAGAAGAAGAAGAAGAAGGAAGAAGAAGAAGAAGAGGAGGAAGAGAAGAGCUGUACGACAGAGUUGCGGACUCUGAUUCUGCACCUGAUCAAUUGUAAGGCCCGUGUAUGUUCACGGUCCUGAAUUCUUGGAUUGGAUCGUCUUGAAGGAGUCAUCGAAGGCGGAAUCUUCUUUCUGUUUUAAUUUUAUUCCCGAGGGACAGAGAGAGAGAGAGUGUGCGGGGAGAGGCGGAGGAAGAGGAGGAGGAGGAGGAGGAGGAGGAGGAGGAGCAGAGAUGGUUUUAACACAGAGGCUUCACGAUGCGUUCAAAGGGGCAGUGGAGCGAAUCACCGGUCCACGGACGGUGUCUGCAUUUAAAGAGAAAGGUGUUCUAACUCCCGAUGAAUUUGUUCAAGCGGGUGACAAUUUGGUGGCUAAAUGCCCAACUUGGUCAUGGGAGGCUGGGGAUCCAAGCAAGAGAAAAGCUUACUUUCCUGCAGACAAACAGUUUCUCAUCACUCGAAAUGUGCCAUGCCUGCGCAGGGCGGUGGCCAUCGAAGAAGAAUAUGAGGCUGCCGGAGGAGAGGUAUUACUGGACACAGCAGAUGACGAUGAGGGUGAGGGCUGGCUCGCAACUCAUGGUGCACCGUCGGAUACUAAGAAGGAUCCCGAAGAAGUACCCUCAAUGGAUACAGUCGAAACUGAAGCAAGGAGUUGCAUCAACAUUAUACCAACAUACGCCGCCCCCGCCGUAGACGAUGAUGAUGACGUGCCAGACAUGGCAGAAUUUGAGGAUUCAGAUAAUGUUAUGCAGACCGAUGAGGCCACUUUGCAACAAACAUACCUGGUAGCACAUGAACCAGACGAUGACAAUAUUCUCCGAACUCGUACUUACGAUGUCAGCAUUACAUACGACAAAUAUUAUCAAACGCCUCGAGUGUGGCUGACUGGAUAUGACGAGACGAGGAUGUUGCUUACUCCUGAACGAGUGUUGGAGGAUGUUAGUCAAGACCAUGCCCGCAAAACGGUGACAAUUGAGGAUCACCCUCAUAUGGCUGGAAAGCACGCUUCUGUUCAUCCAUGCCGACACGGCGCAGUCAUGAAGAAGAUAAUAGAUGUUUUGAUGUCACGUGGAGUAGAUCCUGAAGUGGACAAGUAUCUCGUUUUGUUCCUGAAAUUUGUGGCGACAGUCAUUCCUACAAUAGAGUACGAUUACACCAUGGAUUUUGACCUUGGAGGUUCUCAACAAUAGCUUCAAGGGCCCUGCCGUCCACAUUUGGGAGGAUGCAUUUACCUCUCAGAUCAAGGUGGUCGUGUGAUCUGAGAAUUCAGAUCCUCUCUUACUCUGAACUGCCAAUACCUGAACUCUUGUUAAAUUUGUAAACAUCCAAAUAAAUGUAGAGGAUGGUGUCCGUACAUAUUAAAAUUGUGGUUAGUUUCUUGGGGAUUAAUAUCUGGACAUUCCUUCGGCAGUAGCCAUUGUUGCUGUCUUCAUUGAUCACGGGUCCUUUUGGUAAUGGCCUUAGAAACUGCGCUGAGGCAGACUGCAGUUGUGCUGCUGGUGCCUAGGUAGAAGAUCCGCCCUUAAGGUUAUGUAAUUAAUUGGAAGUCUGAUAUCAUGUGGUUUCAGUUGCCUGGGUCAUGCUGUUAACGUUACAGAUGAUCGAGUACCUCUCCUUCUAGAUGGCCAUUGAAACCAGGCAAUGUUUGUUGACCAGGUUCAAGACUUAUUUAGGACUUUAACUGUGUUUGAUCAUGUGGCGGUGUUGGUGGGUUAUUUCCUACCUCGGAUGAGAUGUAGUGCAGAUUGGCCCUGCACUAUCUGGUGAUGAUGGAAGGCAGACACUGUGGACUUUGAACCUGUACAAUGUUGGCUCUGUCCAGAUAUUAUGGUUCUUGGUUUUCUCCUUUCUCCACAUUUCAGUUGGAGCAAUGACUUCCGCCGUCAGGUGCCCUUCGUGGUGCCGAACUUGUACAGCAGGAAUUUCGUGGGCGGGUGGAGCUGAAAAGAAGUCGCAGCACGUUGACAUAUAGACUUCGAGUGUAAAUUGGAAAAAUUGGACGAGCCCUCUUGAUCGUCUGGAACUGGGAGAGCUGUUGGAAGUUACAACCGAUCUCCGGGUUCUAUCGUUAAACUGGUUGACCUCUCAUGCAGCUGUUGUAUCACAGGAACAAGAUUGGUGCUUCUUUGACAGUGGUUGGUGUUGAAAGUAGGGCUGAAUGCCUCGCCUGAAGUAUAGAAGGGGUGGGGAGGUGGGCCGUAGGAAGAACGUUGUUCUUUACUUUGGGAUCCAUGGGCUUGUAUCAAGAAUAUUAAAGAAAGAGAAUAGAUAUCAGAGGUCUGCACUGCCAUCUAUUGAUACAAAAUGCAUCUGGUAUUGAUUCGGCUACUCAAUGCUGGUUACGGUGUGUAAGGAUCACAUAGAGAAGAUUUUGCACCAGAACCACGAGGAGCAAGCUGACAUCUUGUCCAACUUCUUGUUCCAUGCGAAGAAAAUGUCUUAAGAUUAGCCAGACAAUCACGAUGUUGAGCCUUUUUCUGUGCUCAGAAGCCUAUAUAGGUGAACAGACAAAGAGCUUUAGCUGUCCUCGUUGAUUAUGAGAUAUCAAGAGUCCACCAUGAAUGUCUAGGGAGUCUGCAGAGUAGAUGAAUGAGAAUCAAUUGAUCUAUGUUGUUCCCUUAUCAGCUUGAGUUGUUCAUCAACUGUGCAUUUUUGCAGCAGAUUGAACUUAGACGACACCGCUAGUUUUCCUGAGAUCUGGAACCACCCGCUUUGGAUGUGUUAUACCAUGUUACGGUCAAUUCUCUUGGCAUGACGUAUAUUCUGAUGUGUGUUUGCUUUCGGCGCGUUUGUAGGUUUGCAUGUUGAGUUGCAAGUGAAUCAACUUUGUU